AUGCCACCCCAGCCACCUGCUGAAAGGCCUCAGGUCCUAACAAGCUUGGGGCAUGGGGCCCAAACUCCGACCACCCAGGGAUCAGGCCCCAAACUCCAACCACCCGGGCACCAGGCCCCAAACUCCAACCACCCGGGCACCAGGCCCCAAACUCCACAACCUCGGGCCCCAGGCCCCAAACUCCAACCAUCCACGGACCAAGUCCCAAACUCCAACCACCCGGGCACCAGGCCCCAAACUCCAACCACCCGGGCACCAGGCCCCAAACUCCAAACCACCUGGGGACCAGGCCCCAAACUCCACAACCUCGGGCACCAGGCCCCAAACUCCACAACCUCGGGCACCAGGCCCCAAACUCCAACCACCCGGGGCACAGGCCCCAAACUCCAACCACCUGGGGACCAGGCCCCAAACUCCACAACCCCGAGCCCCAGGCCCCAAACUACAACCACCCGGGGACCAGGCCUCAACUCCACAACAUCGGGCAACAGGGCCCAUCUCCACAACCUCGGGCACCAGGCCCCAAACUCCAACCAUCCAGGGACCAAGUCCCAAACUACAACCACCCGGGGACCAGGCCCCAACUCCACAACAUCGGGCACCAGGCCCCAAACUCCACAACCCCGGGCACCAGGCCCAAAACUCCACAACCUCGGGCACCAGGCCCCAAACUCCAACCAUCCAGGGACCAAGUCCCAAACUCCAACCACCCAGGGAUCAGGCCCCAAACUCCAACCACCCAGGGAUCAGGCCCCAAACUCCAACCACCCGGGCACCAGGCCCCAAACUCCAACCACCCGGGCACCAGGCCCCAAACUCCACAACCCCGAGCCCCAGGCCCCAAACUCCAACCACCCGGGGACCAGAUCCCAAACUCCACAACCUCGGGCACAGGCCCCAAACUCCAACCACCUGGGCACCAGGCCCCAAACUCCACAACCCCGGGCACCAGGCCCAAAACUCCACAACCUCGGGCACCAGGCCCCAAACUCCAACCAUCCAGGGACCAAGUCCCAAACUCCAACCACCCAGGGAUCAGGCCCCAAACUCCAACCACCCAGGGAUCAGGCCCCAAACUCCAACCACCCGGGCACCAGGCCCCAAACUCCAACCACCCGGGCACCAGGCCCCAAACUCCACAACCCCGAGCCCCAGGCCCCAAACUCCAACCACCCGGGGACCAGAUCCCAAACUCCACAACCUCGGGCACAGGCCCCAAACUCCAACCACCUGGGCACCAGGCCCCAAACUCCAACCACCCGGGGACCAGGCCCCAAACUCCAACCACCCGGGGACCAGGCCCCAAACUCCAACCACCGGGGACCAGGCCCCAAACUCCAACCACCUGGGGACCAGGCCCCAAACUCCAACCACCCGGGGACCAGGCCCCAAACUCCAACCACCCAGGGACCAGGCCCCAAACUCCAACCACCCAGGGACCAGGCCCCAAACUCCAAACCACCUGGGGACCAGGCCCCAAACUCCAAACCACCUGGGGACCAGGCCCCAAACUCCACAACCUCAGGCACAGGCCCCAAACUCCAACCACCCGGGCACCAGGCCCCAAACUCCAACCACCCGGGCACCAGGCCCCAAUUCCACAACUGUGGGCACCAGGGCCCAAACUCCAAACCACCCAGGGCUCAGGCACCAAACUUCACAACCUCGGGCACCACGCCCAAACUCCAAAAAUCUUGCGUUGCAGGCCGCAACAACCUCGCAGUCCCAGGCUCCAAACACCUGGGACUCCAACAACAUCAAGACCAGGCCCCAAGGCCCCCCAACAACCACAGGCCCUUGGCUCAACUCCCAGGACCUAGCUCCAAUAUCCGAAACUGA